AUGGCUGAGCAGCAGACCCCCACCUUCAAGCUCGUGCUUGUCGGCGAUGGUGGUACCGGAAAGACCACCUUCGUCAAGCGCCACUUGACUGGUGAAUUCGAGAAGAAGUACAUGGCCACCCUCGGUGUCGAGGUUCACCCUCUGGGCUUCACCACCAACUUCGGUCAGAUCCAGUUCGACGUUUGGGAUACCGCUGGUCAGGAGAAGUUCGGUGGUCUCCGUGACGGUUACUACAUCAACGGCCAGUGCGGUAUCAUCAUGUUCGAUGUCACCUCCCGCAUUACCUACAAGAACGUCCCCAACUGGCACCGCGAUCUCGUCCGUGUCUGCGAGAACAUCCCCAUUGUUCUCUGCGGUAACAAGGUCGAUGUGAAGGAGCGAAAGGUCAAGGCCAAGACCAUCACCUUCCACCGAAAGAAGAACCUCCAGUACUACGACAUUUCCGCCAAGUCCAACUACAACUUCGAGAAGCCCUUCCUCUGGCUCGCUCGCAAGCUUGUCGGCAACCCUCAGCUUGAGUUCGUUGCUGCUCCCGCCCUUGCUCCCCCCACUGCUCAGGUCGACGAGAAGCUCCUGGAGGAGUACCGCAAGGAGAUGGACGAGGCCGCCGCCAUGCCUCUGCCUGGCGAGCUUUCCGACGAUGAUCUGUAA